GGUGAGAGCAUCUGAAGGAGCUGUUUGGGUGUCUCUGACACACAGAGGAGGACAUGGCGGGGGACCUCGUGGUUGGGAUGCUCUAUAACUUGUUACUACCCCUGCUCCUGCUCACUGCUUCAUCUUUCCGCUAUAAUGGUCUGUCACUGGUAUAUUUCCUGUUUUUGCUCAUCUUACCGCUGCUGCCGAACCCGAGUCUGGUCACCAUGAGAGGUCAAACUGGGCAGUUCCUGCGGCUGAUUAUCUACACGAGUUUGAUGUUCCUGACCCUGCAGUGCUUCAUGCAGAUCCCCUUCGCAUACAUUCCUCCACAAGUUAGUGGCUUCUGGGAUGGAUUUCUCUACCAUUUGGGAAUUGUAAGAUUUAGCUCAGUUGAUCCUGGGAAUAUUGUGCGUCUCCUGCUCCCAGACGUGGGCCUCUUGGUCUCCACGUUGUUCAUACUGAGGCUCUGCAGGAAAUUGCUACGCCCUGUGCCCCAGGUCAACCUCCAUGAAAACGGAAUCCCGCCCUCUGAACCGCAGGAUGUGGAAACCUCUGACACGGAGUCAGAGGAUGGAAGUGAAAUAGAGGGUUCGUCCUUUGACAGCUCAGAAGAGACUACCAUGCCGGUACAAUCGGGUCCACCACAGUUUGUCCAGAAGCUCAUAGUGUUUGCAGCUGGACUGAGGCUGCUGCUGUCGGCUAUCAUGAACACAGCAGGGAAGGUGGUGGUGACUCUGCUGCUGGGGUUGGCAGGUAUCAUACUGCCCUCCCUUACCUCAGGAGUGUACUUCGGGGUGUUCUUGGGGCUGGUAUGGUGGUGGGUGUUUGGCCGCUCCAUCAGCAUGCUACUCUUCAGCUCCCUGUGUGUGAUGAUGGCCAUUUUCAGCGGAGGACACCUGCUGGUUCUGUAUCUCUAUCAGUUGCCACUUUCCCAGGAGCUUAUACCACCAGAAGACGUUUAUGCCAGAUUGUUUGGUAUGAUAGGAGUCAUCAGAUCCGACACUUCAAACCUGCACUUUCUUAGCGUGCACACAAACGUCAGCUGGCCAGACUUCCUCAACCCUUUGGUUCUUCUACUCCUCUACUACACACUAGUGGCUCUGCUGCACAAAUGGGUUCAUGUCACAGAGAAGGUGCGUGUGUGUGUGUGUGUGUGUGUCAGACUAAAUAUGUUUAGUCAAAAGUCAUCUGGGAUAGGUUCGAAAUGACAAACACGGGCUUUUUGUUAAGUAAAAUGAGAAAAAUACAUGCUCACACACAUCAGAGCUCGUGCAGCUUCCUGGGCCGAAGACAAGCCAGUGACAAAACACGCACAAUCACAGACAAUGAUGCA